AUGUCUUGUUUUAGUUUUGAUGAAGCUUAUGGAGAUGAAUUAGAGAAUACCAAAUGUGAUCCUCCAUGUCAACAGUACUCUCCUCCUCCACCACCACCUUCUGGUAGCUACCCUAUAUAUGUUGCACCUCCUCCACCGCCACCACAUCAUGAGAAAGAGAAGUGUCCUCCAGGUGGAAGUGGUGUUGUGUGUUGUACACCUCCAGCUCCUUACAGUUAUGGACCACCUAGUCCUUAUGCUCCUCCUAAUCCUUACACCUAUGUGCCUUAUGAUGAAGGUGAACAUUCUGGUGGUUCUGGUAAUAAUGUGGCUAUGCAAUUUCUAGUUCCGAUUUUGAUGUUAUUUUUAUCUUUUAUUCUCUUCUGA